CCCUAGCCUUAGCAGAUUGAUGCUUUGUGUCGCCGCAAGACCCCCAGUGUCAGGUCCUAUCUAACAAUUGACUUCACUCAAUCCUCCCCUAUUGUCCCUUCUCCGCUCUCCCAAUGACCGAGUCUCCGGGUUCCCCUCUUUCUUCCAUCGCUUCCGACGACAUGUCGGACCGCGAGGAACUGAAGCAGGGCUUCUCUCCCCCGGCUUCCAAUAUGCCUCCUUCAAAACGUCGCCGCACUGGCGGCGUCUCAUCCUGGGAUCGCAAUACCCCAGUCUCAACAACCUUCCAAGAUGAAAUCCCUCCGGCCUCCCCGUCUAGUUCCAUCUCUUCUGACACCUCGGGAGACAUCCCCAACUCCCCUAGUACUCUGGCUCUUAUCGGAGGCAGCCAGGACGACGACUACAGCGGCCAAGGUAAUGACCAGGUGACCGUAUGCCGAUGGGAAGGAUGCGAUGUAGGAGAUCUAGGGAACAUGGACGAUCUGGUGCAACACAUUCACAACGAGCACGUCGGCAGCCGGCAGAAGAAAUACUCCUGCGAGUGGUCCGAUUGCACUCGAAAAGGUCAAACGCAUGCAAGCGGAUACGCAUUGCGCGCGCAUAUGAGGAGCCAUACGAGAGAAAAGCCCUUUUACUGUGCGCUACCUGAAUGCGAUCGCAGUUUCACCCGUUCAGACGCCCUCGCCAAACAUAUGAGAACAGUCCACGAGACGGAAGCCCUUCGACCCUCCGAUCCUGUACCGAAGCAUCACAAUCCGCCCUCCGCCAUGGGGACCCCUGCCGGGACCCCGGCUAGCAAGCUCCAGCGCAUCAAAUUGAAACUUUCGCAUCCGCCCAAAGAGGAUCCAGAGCAGUAUAGUGAAAGUGUUAAUGGCGACCCGGAGGACCUUGACGAGUUCGAGAUUCCCGAGUUCAGUCCAGAGCUCGGCUUCGAUGAUCAUGAGCUCUCGCUUCCACCGCAACAGCUGUAUCGACUACUCCGUCGACAAAUCCACUGGGCAGAGAAAGAAGGUGUAGAUCUACGCGAUGAUUGGGAAAGGAUCAAGCCAAAGAGGAAGCAUGCGUUCCUAGAGAAGGAGACCAUCAUCGAGGACGUGUGCGAUGCUGAACUCCGGUUAUUCAGCCUCCUGAUGAGCAGCGACAAUGUAUCGUCGUCCGCCGUCACGAACGGAGUAAAUAAGCACUCCGAACCAGCAGAUACGGAGAUGAAGCCCGAAAUAGAGUCCGUCGCUGUAUGAGGGGCUCAAAUCGACUACUCUUACUUUUUAAGUCGACCAACCUACCUUUUCGGCCUCUUGUCGCCUUUACUUCCUUUUACCCCUCUUUCACCCCCUUCCUCCUAUACCUUUCUUCUCUCUCUAUAUCCUUGCCCAUGUCUUCUAUGGGUAUAACUUUUACGAGCCAAGAUACCUAGUCGGAUCACCUUUGUCUUUUCUUUUUCUACAAUUUUUUGGAGCACGGUUCUCAGUCACGGGUUGAUUUAUCUCUAUUUUUCGGCAACACUGCUAUUGAGUUUGUCAGUUUGUACUUUUACGGAAUAGGAAUUUUCGAUCUUUACUUUUCGUUUCUUCUUCUAUAUCUUCCUACAGUGUUACAUAGAUAUACGUCCAAGCUUUUUGUCAUGGUGCAGUAGGUACAACCGGUGGAAGCCAGAAUUGAUGCCAUGGUUCCUAGAGCCUAGAACUACCCUCCGUUACGACCUUGGAAGAUCAGUUGACUAUCGCUACAAUUUACAGUACUGAAU